AUGUCCCUCGACUCCGACUCAGCAGCCGUGGCUUCCACCAGCAGAGACUGGUACUUUCCCUCACCGCCCUUCAUCCACAACAACACGAACUCUACGAAAUUUCCAAAAUACCCUCGAAGAUUCCCAACAAACCCCAGGCCGUCCCAACACCUUCCUCCCGAUUAUCGGCCGCCAUUUGGCGGCGUUUCGUCUCCCAAUUCGUCGCCGCCGUUUCGCAGCGUUUCGUCCUCGACCUCGGCCCCUCACAGAGCUUUUAACCAUGAGAGGCUUAGACGGAGGGUCGAUUUCGGUCGCCGGCGAGAGAAGCCGCAGCAAAACGACGUCAACGAGGCCAUUCCAAGCGUUUCCGACGGCGUUUCGAGAAGAAGAUCGGAGGUUUCGAGUGCGGUUUCGGGCGAUAAGUUUUUGGGAAAUGGUUUCAACGUUCGGUGGAAAAUGGCCUUUUUCGUAGCGAUUGCGACGACAGUAUUUUCAUCAGUGGUGUACCAGAAUUUCUGUUUACAUAUCCAAGUCAAUGAGUUGCAGGAACAUAUUUCCAAGCUUGAAUUUACGUUACGAGCCUACAAUUUGUCAGAUUCUAUGGAACUCAUCAGUUCCUUUGGGCAGCAGAGUGAUCUCCACAGCAAAAUUUUAAAAAGAUUAGCUCUUAUGGUCUCCCUCACACUUUUAUCUAUGCCUGUCCUAGCUUUCAAGUACAUUGAUUAUGUCUCUAGAUCAAGGUCAUCAGAAAACAUUUCAGAAGAAGUGUCUCUAAACAAACAGCUAGCAUAUCGAGUUGAUUUGUUUUUAUCAGUCCACCCAUAUUCUAAGCCAUUGGCAUUGUUAGUUGCAACUCUAUUACUUAUUUUUCUUGGUGGUUUAGCACUCUUCGGAGUGAAAGAUGAUAGCUUAGCAGAAUGCCUUUGGUUAUCGUGGACUUAUGUAGCUGAUUCUGGCAACCAUACUGACUCUGAAAAGAUUGGUGAAAGGCUCGUUUCAGUUUCCAUUAGCUUUGGCGGUAUGCUCAUAUUUGCAAUGAUGCUUGGACUUGUAUCUGAUGCAAUUUCGGAGAAGUUUGAUUCAUUGAGGAAAGGAAGAAGUAAGGUGGUUGAGCAAAACCAUACUUUAAUUCUUGGCUGGAGCGAUAAAUUGGGAUCGUUAUUGAAUCAGCUUGCAAUAGCCAAUGAGAGUUUGGGUGGAGGGAUUGUUGUAGUCAUGGCUGAGCGAGAUAAAGAGGAAAUGGAACUUGACAUUGCUAAAAUGGAGUUUAAUUUCAAAGGAACAUCUGUAAUAUGCAGAAGUGGGAGCCCUCUUAUUUUGGCUGACCUGAAAAAGGUCUCUGUCUCUAAAGCCCGUGCAAUAAUCGUCCUUGCUGAAGAUGGAAAUGCUGAUCAGAGUGAUGCCCGUGCAUUGAGAACAGUUUUAAGUCUAACUGGAGUAAAAGAAGGGCUGAGAGGACAUAUUGUGGUUGAACUAAGUGAUCUUGACAAUGAGAUCUGGGAAGAUAUCCUUGGGUUUGAAAAUUGCGAGUUCUACAUCAAAAGAUGGUCACAGUUGGAUGGCAUGCAUUUUGAGGAUGUAUUGAUCAGUUAUCCUGAUGCCAUUCCUUGUGGAAUCAAGGUUGCAUCAUUAGGUGGUAAAAUUAUUUUGAAUCCCGAUGACUCUUAUGUUCUACAAGAAGGCGAUGAAGUGCUUGUCAUAGCCGAGGAUGACGAUACCUAUGCUCCUGCACCAUUGCCUACGGUCUGGAGAGGAAGUCUACCCAAAGACUUUAUUGUUCCAAAGUCUGCAGAAAGGAUACUUUUUUGUGGUUGGCGGCGAGAUAUGGAGGAUAUGAUUAUGGUAUUGGAUGCCUUUCUGGCCCCUAGUUCAGAGCUCUGGAUGUUCAACGAGGUUGCUGAAAAGGAGAGGGAAAAGAAGCUCAUUGAUGGUGGCCUUGACAUCAGCCGGUUGGUGAAUAUAACUUUAGUUAAUCGUGAGGGAAAUGCUGUCAUACGCCGUCAUUUAGAAAGCCUUCCUUUGCAAUCUUUUGAUUCGAUCUUAAUUUUGGCUGAUGAGUCUGUGGAAGACUCAGCAAUCCAAGCUGAUUCCAGAUCUCUUGCAACAUUACUUUUAAUUCGUGAUAUUCAGGCUAAGCGUCUCCCUAUGGUAACACAUGUUCAAAGAGGAAGCUUCUCACAAGGCUCAUGGAUAGGAGAAAUGCAGCAAGCUUCAGAUAAGUCAGUUAUAAUUAGUGAAAUUCUGGACCCAAGGACUAAAAAUCUAUUAUCCAUGUCAAAGAUCAGCGAUUAUGUGCUAUCGAAUGAGCUCGUAAGCAUGGCAUUGGCCAUGGUGGCUGAGGAUCGGCAAAUAAAUGAUGUGUUGGAAGAGCUGUUUGCAGAGGAGGGCAAUGAAUUGCAAAUAAGGCAAGCAGAUCUCUAUCUCCGUGAAGGUGAGGAAUUGAGCUUCUAUGAAGUACUCUUGCGAGCUCGACAGAGGAGAGAGGUCAUGAUUGGUUACCGUUUAGCCAAUGCUGAGAGAGCUGUCAUCAAUCCCCCAUCCAAAAGUGAGAGACGGAGGUGGUCAGUGAAGGAUGUUUUUGUGGUGAUUGCGGAGAAGGAAUGA